UCCAGCUCCAGAUAAAACUGAAGUCUUAGAGCUACCACCAGGCUUCUCAGGCACUGGCUCCCAGCUCUCCACACGCCAUGGCCACAACAGUAGACAGCAGGCCCUCGGGAUUCACUGGCAAUAGCUGUGACCCAGGCACAGCCCGAGAGCAUGUGCAGGCUGUGACCCGAAACUACAUCACCCACCCCCGAGUCACCUAUAGGACAGUGUGCAGCGUCAAUGGGCCUCUGGUGGUGCUGGACCAGGUCAAGUUUGCCCGGUAUGCUGAGAUUGUCAACUUUACCCUCCCUGAUGGUACUCAGAGGAGUGGCCAAGUGCUUGAAGUGGCUGGGACCAAGGCCAUUGUUCAGGUGUUUGAAGGGACCUCAGGGAUUGAUUCCCAGAAGACCACGUGUGAAUUCACAGGGGACAUCCUGCGGACACCUGUGUCAGAGGACAUGCUGGGUCGGAUUUUCAAUGGCUCUGGCAAACCCAUUGACAAAGGACCUGCUGUCAUGGCAGAGGAGUUUCUGGACAUCAACGGCCAGCCGAUCAAUCCCCAUGACCGAAUCUACCCUGAGGAGAUGAUCCAGACUGGAAUUUCCCCCAUUGAUGUCAUGAACAGCAUCGCCCGUGGCCAGAAGAUUCCCAUCUUCUCUGCAGCUGGGCUCCCCCACAAUGAGAUUGCAGCCCAGAUCUGCCGCCAAGCCGGGCUGGUGAAGAAAUCCAAGGCUGUGCUGGAUUAUCAUGAUGACAACUUCGCCAUUGUCUUUGCAGCCAUGGGGGUGAACAUGGAGACAGCCAGGUUCUUCAAGUCAGAUUUCGAGCAGAAUGGAACCAUGGGAAAUGUCUGUCUCUUCCUGAAUUUGGCCAAUGACCCUACAAUUGAGCGGAUCAUCACCCCACGUCUGGCACUGACCACAGCUGAGUUCCUUGCCUACCAGUGUGAGAAGCAUGUGCUGGUCAUACUGACUGACAUGAGUUCCUAUGCGGAGGCCUUGCGGGAGGUCUCAGCUGCCCGAGAAGAAGUGCCAGGACGCCGCGGCUUUCCUGGAUACAUGUACACAGACUUGGCCACCAUCUAUGAGCGAGCUGGCCGUGUGGAGGGCCGGGGUGGCUCAAUCACCCAAAUCCCCAUUCUCACCAUGCCUAAUGAUGAUAUCACCCACCCCAUCCCAGACUUGACUGGCUUCAUCACGGAGGGGCAGAUUUAUGUGGACCGACAGCUGCAUAACCGGCAGGUCUACCCACCCAUCAAUGUGCUCCCUUCUCUCUCACGACUGAUGAAGUCGGCCAUAGGCGAGGGCAUGACCAGAAAGGACCACGGAGAUGUCUCCAACCAGCUGUAUGCCUGCUACGCCAUCGGGAAGGACGUGCAGGCCAUGAAAGCCGUGGUGGGGGAGGAGGCGCUCACCUCCGAGGACCUGCUCUACCUGGAGUUCCUGCAGAAGUUUGAGAAGAAUUUCAUCACCCAAGGUCCUUACGAGAACCGCACGGUGUUCGAGUCGCUGGACCUGGGCUGGAAACUGCUGCGCAUCUUUCCGAAAGAGAUGCUGAAGCGCAUUCCGCAGAGUAUGACGGACGAGUUCUACUCUCGCCAGGGGGCGCAGCAGGACCCCGCAUCUGACACGGCGCUCUAAACCAACCUCCAGCUGCAGCCUUCUCCUUUAUGGCUUGAACCCAUGUUUUAUGCCCUACAUUGACAGGAGUGUCUUUUGGUGUAGGUGGGUGGUUGAGCUUUUUUUCUUCAGGGGCUUUCGGAGAAUGGAAGCGGGUGUGUGUGUGUGGGGGGGAAGGAAUCGAAAAUAUUAAGCAGGCACUCUUUUUUGUUUUUGUUUUUGUUUUUUGUUGUUUUGUUUUGUUUUGUUGUUUUUUGUUUUUCGAGUCAGGGUUUCUCUAUAUAGCCCUGGCUGUCCUGGAACUCACUUUGUAGACCAGGCUGGCAGAAAUCCAUAAGUAGGCACUCUUACUACUGAACUCCACCUCAGUCCUAUAUAUUUAUUUUAGAAGCCCCCCCCCCCCCGCCUCUAAAGAUGUAACUGAAAUGGAAAACAAAACAGUAACUGAGAUGAAUUUGUCUCUGGUGAAAACAAGAUUGGGAAUAAUUUUGUUAACUGUUGAAGGUGCAGACUAUAUCAUGUGGUUUGUAAAGGUACUUAAAGAGAAAAAUCUAGUUGAGGACAGUAGAGCAUGUUUUUAAUCCUAGGACUCGGGAUGCAGAGGCAGACAGGCUUCUGUGAGUUCAAAGCCAGUCAGGGCUAUAUAGUGAAACUUUGG